AUGAGCACCCCUUCGCCUCCUCCUCUGCUGUCCUCCAGCUCGGGCGACUCCUCCAACGCCUCUCUUGCGACCAUGAACCAGAACAUGAAUAGAGUGAGCAUCCAGAGCCUGUGCAAUGACGGGGCCAGUAUCAAGAGCGUCAGCAGUGGCAACAGCAACAGAAGAGGCUCCAUCCAGGAUAUUCUCAAUGACGAGCCCAUGGGCAACAGCAACGGCUUCAGCCCUGCCGCUACUCAUAACAACACCACCCUCGUAGGCACCCCUAAUGGCGCCACCGCCAGAUACAGUCAGAACGACUACUUUGCGGCAGAAACGCUGGGGAACCUCAAGGCAACCUCCGCACACGUGACCCAUGGCGCUGGGCACGUGACCUCGCCGCCUCCCCGGGCAUCCAACCCGUUCGAGGUGCCCAUUCAGAUUCAGCCCGGGUACCAGCCCUUGAAGGGUCUUUACAGUGACGUGAGUAUGAUAACAGAAGGAAACGACGACCGGUGA